GGGCAGGGGGAGAGGAGCCGGGCGAGGAGGAGGAGGGAAGGAGAGGAGGGGGAGGGAAAAAAAAUAAUAAUAAAAGCAACGGCAACACAAAAAGCGAGCCCGGGGCGCCGGCGGUAACAGCCCCCCCCCUCCCAGCCCCCCCAUUAACGCCGGGGCUAGAUGAACUACAAAUGAGAAAGAGGAAAAGAUGGAACUGCACAUCCUAGAGCACAGGCUCCGGGUGGCCAGCAUAGCCAAGGAGAGCAUCCAGCUCUUCACCUACGGAUUGAUCAAACUUGCCUUCCUCUCCUCCAAGACCAGGUGCAAGUUCUUCAGCCUCACGGAAACCCCAGAGGACUACACCAUCAUUGUGGAUGAAGAGGGCUUCCUAGAGCUCCCGUCCUCAGAACACUUGAGUGUGGCCGAUGCGACAUGGCUUGCUCUCAACGUGGUGUCCGGUGGAGGUGGCUUCUCUGGCUCCCAGCCCAUCGGUGUGACCAAAAUUGCCAAGUCAGUAAUAGCACCACUAGCUGACCAAAACAUCUCAGUGUUCAUGCUCUCCACCUAUCAGACGGACUUCAUCCUGGUACGUGAGCGAGACCUGCCCUUCGUGAUGCACACUCUGGCUGCUGAGUUCACCAUCCUCAGAGUAGUGAAUGGGGAAACGGUGGCUGCCGAUGACCUUGGGAUAACAAAUGGAUUUGUCAAACCAAAACUGGUUCAGAGGCCUGUCAUUCAUCCCCUUUCCAGUCCGAGUAAUAUGUUCUGCGUCACCAGCCUGGAUCCAGAUACCCUUCCCACUGUUGCUACACUCCUAAUGGAUGUCAUGUUUUACUCCAAUGGAGUAAAAGACUCAGUGGUUGGCAACGAAGACUCGGGACACAUUCGCUUUUUCUCCUUUUCUCUUAUUGAGGGUUACAUCUCCUUGGUCAUGGAUGUCCAGACACAGCAGAGAUUUCCUAAUAAUUUGUUGUUUACAAGUGCAUCUGGUGAACUCUGGAAGAUGGUGCGGAUUGGUGGGCAGCCUCUUGGCUUCGAUGAAUGUGGAAUUGUCGCUCAGAUUUCUGAGCCUUUGGCCGCAGCCGACAUCCCAGCCUACUACAUCAGUACUUUUAAGUUUGAUCACGCGUUGGUACCUGAAGAAAAUAUAAAUGGUGUGGUCAAUGCACUCCAAGUCAGUCAAGCUGAAAAGCAUUAGAAAUCUUCUGAGCUGGUUCCAGAUGCUUUUUAUUAUUAUAAUUAUUAUUAUUAUUAUUCUUUUUUUCUCACAGUAUUUCUUGAAAAAAAUCUGAUUCCAGAGAGUGACAUGAAAAGAGACUGUGGAAAGUUGAGCAGAAACAGCUCCAAUAAGCCUUUGUUUUAAUUAUUAUUAUUAUUAUUAUUAUUAUUGUUAUUUUAUUAAAUUUCUUUAUGAAUGAGGGGCAGGAGGAAAGGGAGUUCAGACGGUUUCCUGAGGUCCAGCCCUGAGGAGAAGGGCGACCUUUGGCGGUGUGGAAGGAGUGCCCCGGGGACACCGGUGUCUCCCCGAAGCGCGGUGGCACAGCCGUGGGCACUCUGCCGAGGGCUUGGUGGCAUGGCCGGAGCGGAGGGGCCAUAAACACUACGAAAUGUGGAAUUAAACGGAAAAGACGUCGCAUAGUGCUGGCUUGUCUCCUCGCAUCAGCCGUUCUGAGGACCGUCCGUCGUUGUGUAUGUUGAGAUAGGAUGGGGACUGGGUUCUGUUUCCCCUGACAAAACUCUGGCGUUGGAAAAGGGGAGAGCAUCCCAUUGCCUAAGUUGUCCCCUUCUUUCCUUUCUCCCCGCAGUCAGAGCUUGGCCGCCUGGAGAAAGCCCCGGGUGGACACAUUGCUCUGUCCCACCUCCCAGGUGGUACCACCACUGCUUUGUCUGUUUUGAAACCCAGCCAUUUCAGUUCAGUUUUCCCCAGCCACCCUCAGUGUCCUCCUGGUGUGUCCCCUUCUCUGGGGCAGCUGCUGUCCCCUAUCCCAUGUCACAGCCGUUCCCUUGUCCCCCAGGGCCAGAAGAGGAGAGAGGCUAGAGAGGCUUCUCUUCUCACAUCCCCUCCGUUCCUUUCCUAUCCCAUUUUUGGAUGUUCAUGGGGCCAUGAAGCAUUGCCCAGGGCCCCUUGGUAGCUGCUCCUCUCCUACCCUGCACGGCCUGGGCCACCUUGGCCGAGCCCCACAGCAGGUUGUUGUCUCCAGCAGGGCCAGGAGGGUGCCCAAACCUUGCUGGGACCCUCUGGUGGGGUUUUAUCAGCUCCUUCAUCACCAGGGUGGUAAUCGCUGCUCCAUGGGGACUCGAUUCCCAGGGUCUUUCCAUUGGGUUCAGGCCUUUGAAAGCCACACGGUGCUGAACACUCCUGAAAAGCAAGGCGUUUUGUCUGGCCCUGCCAUGGGCAGGAGACGUCUCUUCCCCUGGGGCAGUGUUUGCCUCAUGUCACAGCUGUGAGGUGGGAUGACCGAGGUGUCAAGGUGCCACAGGGGACGGUGGUGACCAGCACCAGGAGAGCAAAUGGCACCCUGAGCACAGAGAGCUGUGCUGAGGAGCAGGGAGAAGGGGCGGCCACCUGCAGAGGCCUCUGCUUUUACAGCCAGGAGCCUGAGCAUUUCUUGCGUUCCUGGGCUUCUUCCCGUUUUUGACGUGAAGAAGUAGCAGGUCUCAGAGUUUUAAUGAGGACUUACUGAAGAGACAGCCUCUAGCAUGGUUUUGAUGGUUUUCAUGAGAUUGCAUCUCGCAGGGUUUUGCAUUAAGCUCUAGGCAGUACGCAAGCUCUUGGGAUCACACCAUGCUCAUGGUUUUUGGUGGGCUGUUGGACAUGCAGACAGGUUUAUAGCGGGGUGCAGGACAUGCAGGCACUCACACUGGUGUACGCCUUGCUCGUUAGUUCUCCUUUCGUGGCUUGGAGGGCUGAGAUAAAUUUGAGUUAAAUUUGUGCUUUCUGGUGCUGCUGGACCCAGACAUUGAGCUUCAAAUCCCUUUGCUUUCUGAUCAGUGGGGUGUUGUGUGGCAGCUGGGCAGGGAAUCGGAGCAUCCACAAGCAAAAUCAUGGGUAACUUUUAUUUCUAGCUCCUAACUGUAUUAAAGCAUCCCUGCUGAGGAGCACUUGGACACGUUUAAUUCUUUACCCAGCAGGGUGUUUCACUGUUCCUUUACAUGGGUUUUCAGAGUUGCCCUGUGAUACCUAACAUUCACUCCAGAUUUCUGCACUAAAGGUUUAUUCCAGGUGUGGCACCAUGGAUGUUUGCUCAGAAAGAUGCUCCGGUUUCCUGCCACAUGCCAUGAAGAUGCUGGCACAGGCCGUGUGGUGCAAUAUUAGAAAAAUUAAAAAACAGAGAUGUUUUACGUGAGUCUGUGUGGCGUCGGCAGCCGUGAGCUGAGCUGAAGGUUGCAGUGGGGUGCUCGGUAGCUUUUCACCACAUAAAGCAUUGAAGGGUUUCUCCUUGGGGUGGCAGGUUGUUUGUGGGGUCAUGCAGUUGUUCUGGAGAUGGAAGCCAGAACAUUGCUGCUUGGUCUGCAGCUCUGGAAAGCCACCCGAGCUUUCUGGUCAGCCGAGUCGAGCCUGAGCUUUCCCUGCAUGUAAAGACAGUGCCAGGGGGCAGGUCCUGUGUGCACUCCUGGGCUCUGCCAGCCACUGAAAAAAUGGGCAUUUGGCCCCUUUCUGCAUCAGAGAGCAGCGUGCGUUGGCCUCCCCGUGUGCCACUGCUGCUUGCUGAGGGCCGCGACGUUAACGCUAAGGGAUUACUUGAAAUGAGCAGCAGCUUUACUGAGCCUUAAGAGAAAGCAAAAAAAAAAUAGUUUUUAUUUUAUUUUUUAAAUUUUUGCACUCAGGAUAUUCUAUAAGUUUUUUUUUUCUUUUUUAAUUUACAUUUCCCACUUCUUUCCCUGAGGGAGUCAGCGUUAGUUCUGUGAAAUCUGUGGAUGUCUCCCGGGUGCUUCAGAACGUCACAAAGCAGGUUGAUGUCCCGCCCUGACAAUGUCACAAGGUGGAAAACCCCUCGGGGGCCUUUCUGUGUCCACCAUCAUCCUCGGACUCACGUUUUUAUUUCCUCUCUCUUUCUGUCUUGAUAACCAAGUAGAUGGUUCCAGGCGACGAGGGGCGAUUCCUGGUGCUCCCUGCCUCGCUGCGGUGCUGGGAACGGGGCUGACCCGGCGUGUGGUUCAGAUCAGCACCAACUUGGGAUCUGGUGUUGCUUGUGAGAGCAUCGAUACAAGGCUAAGGCAAGAUGGGGGCUGCGGGGGCUUUGUUAAAAUAAUAAUAAUAAUAAUAUCACACUUAAUGAGCACACUUAAUGAGUUCAAAGCAGUGGCUCUUCAAGCUGCCUGACAUCUCCUCCUCGCCAGCACUUCAGGGUGGGGGAAAAUUGAAGGGUCUUUUUCUUUUGUAAUGCCUUACGAUACUCAUGUCUCUGCACAUCCCUGGCGUUGUGCUGGUUCUUUGCCACUCUGGAUAAAAGGAAGAACAUGUCCCUGUGGCACAGACUACGGCUGGGCAUCUGCAGCACCGAAAACCCAGGUUAGGUGCCAGCUGCCCCGUGCUGUGCCCAAGCCUCCGCAUCAGCAUCUUGGAGGCCGUGGUUGCUGCUGAUCAGGGACCCCCCAGCCCUGCAGGACCCUCCUGUGUCCCCGGGGUUCCUCUGGGUGCGCAAAACUUCACCAAACGGCGCAAUGCAAAGCGCGUUUCCAGCCCUGCAAGGAGGGCUGGGCAGGGGAGGAGGAAGCAGCCCUCGCUCACCCUCCUUGCUUCUCCGAGGCCUUCGUUUCUUAGCAAUUGAAACUUUCCUCAUGCUGCGUGUUACUGCCUGGGGUUUUUUGUCUUUCUCCGCACGGUUAGAUUUUGGCUGCAAGUUCCUUUCUACUGUGCAAGAGUGCGCGUACGUUCAUAGAGGUGUAUAGUGUUUCUGUAGGAAUAGUAUGUCCCCGUUGUACACAUGUAGCAAUGCCUGUGUUUUAUGUUCGUGCGGCUGCAUACUGUACAUAGCAUAUAUACUUGAGCAAUAUAGGUUCAUAUAUACCGCGUGAGUACGUGUGUGUGUACUCCGGGCAGACACAGUAAGUGCCGCAUACACACAUUUACUCACCAUUUAUUUUUAAUUCAAGUAUAUAGGCAAUACGAAUACUUAGUUACACUCUGGAUUUCUUGAUUCUCUGGAUUCACGUUUCUAGCAAAGAGCAGCAGCGAAGCCCCCUCGGAGCAAGGCUGCAGCUCCUCCGCUUGCCACGGGCAGGCAGAGCCCGACCCCAGAGCGCAGCGCGGUGCGGCCGCAGCGCCGGCUUUCCCUGCCUGCCUCGGAAACACCCUGUCCCUCUUCAGUUCGGUGCCUCAAGCACAAAGACUUUAGAAAAACUGCUCCUUUUUCAUUUUUAGUUGCUGUCCUGAAUGCUUUAGCAUCUCUGUGUGGGGCUGCCCGUGCCUGUUGCACAGGUCCCUGGCUGACUGGGGUUCCUGUUUCUCAUUGAGAGGGCAGUUUGGGCAGAGGUGUGCAGGUUUUGGUGGGUUGGUGGCCUGAAGGCAACGCAUUGCCACUGCGGAUGUCUGGUAUUUAUUGGGCAGCUUGUGUUGGUUGACCUGAGGAGCUUUAAAUCGGUGCGUUAUUAACUCAGUGGGUUACUUUUAAACAGAUGGCGUGGAGGAGAGGAUCUUCUCCUGUUAAGAGUAACAGAGGCUGCCUGAACGGUAACUGGCAACGCGUGGGCUUCGCAUCUCCUCGUCAGACUUCCCUGCUGGCCAGGAGUGCUUUGGGAAUGCUCUGGGUGGGAAAAGGCUCUGACCCCAACCAUCGCCCCACAGUUACACUGCACCAAAUGCUUCCUGGCCACUCGCCCUUAGGCUCCUCCAAGUCCCAUAACCGCAUCCUUCAGCAGCUUGUGCAGCUUCUUCUUGGACACUGAAGUCAGUUUGGUUUGCGGGUGAUGGAGUUUCUGAAGGACAGUGCUCUGAGUGGCGUGUGAUAAUCUUUGCAUAGGAGGCUUUAGUAGAAGCAUUUGGAUUUGGCUGGAGCAGACUGUGGCUCCUGCAGUGGGUGACACUAGCACUGGGACUGACUUACUGGCAACACCAUUUAUGAAGGGCGUUCCUCGUGUGAACGCCACGCUGCUGCUUCCAAGCCAGCUUUGAACUCCAGGCUCAGUGUUACCAGCACCACGGGCACGGGUGGGGAACGCUGCUGGGGGGAGGCGAACCGACCCUGGGCCCUAACACAGACCUGUUGGUGUCGGAUCCUUUCUCGUUACUGCCCUGACUGCCCUGGGGCCACAUUUUUGGUCCGUGCCGACCCACAGCAGCGCCGUUGGGAAGAAGGGGGGGGACAGCUGGGGCACCAGCUGGUGCGAAGGGCAUUUGUCAUUUCCUUUGUACUUGAGCAAAUAUGAAGGUGUGCAGUUUUGCUCGUUCGUCGUGAGCACAAAACCAUUUUUCUUCUUUCUCCAAUUUGAACCAAGCAGAGCUCCUCUCCCUGCCCAGCUCCCUGCUCAGCCCCUGGGGACACCUUCGUCCCAGUCCCAGCCACGGUGCCAGGGACCCUCCCAAAGCCCCGGUCCUCAGAAAUCCUCUGAUGUGCAGCCCCUGCCCUGGGGAGAGCCUCCACGGGUCUCCGUGUGCUCGGAGGCAGCAGAUCCUUAGUGAAGGGUGGCAGGUCCCGUGUCGGUGCUCCUUUGGCACUGCUUCAAUGCAAGCAGCUCCUGCCCUGCCACUGGGUGAUCACCGUUUUCUGAUGGCGACGCGGGAGUUCUUGGUUCAGCCCAAGCCUGAGCAGCAGCUGCUAGCUCCUGAGCACAAGCGUCUCGCUGCAGCAUUCAGUGAUGGACAAGAAAUCGUUCCCUGAUGAGGAUUUCUUUUCUUUCUGUUAUUACUGCUGCUGUGGACAUCUCCAGUAAGCAGCUUAAGGCAUCUCACUUACCUGUUCCCAUCCUGACUGCAAAUGCUGGACUGGAUUAAACUUUUAUUACCUGCUAGAGAGUAAAACCCAGUAAGCCUUUUGCCAAAUAGUAUUUACGUCGUACCGCGCAUGCUGGGGUGUGUUUACAUUGGCCGAGAUGUGCAGAUCUGCCUCGCAGAUUUAGAUACCUCCUCCCCACACAUUCAUCUGUCCGUCUGUCCGUCCCCCCGUGGGCUGUCCGUGUUGGGGCCGGCGAGACCCCGUGGGCAUCGUGGGGGCACAGAGCCCAGGUGGAAACGCUCGGGGUGCUUCACCCAGCACGGGCUGGGGGACCCCGACCAUGAAUCCUGAGUUCCUCUGCUGCCUUCAGCCCCUUUCCAUCCCUCUGCCUCCUCCUUCACUUAAUCUUCAUUAAGCACAACUCGGUUUAAAUACCAGCUCUAAUUAGCACAGGGGAAGAAAAGUGUUUGCAAUACAGCACAAGCACUGGAGGCUGCUCACGCUGCAGCUGCCCCUGCAGAAGCUCUUGGUGAACGUGGAGCAAUGCACAGACCCUGUUUUUGGCAGGGGAAAUAAAUGAAGUAUGUAUCAAGCAAAGUGUAUUAUACUUUUAGGGUGUGAAUGUGCAGGGAAACAUACCUCUUUGGAACACAUAGCCAAGAAGUCCCUCUCUUGGUCUCUCUAGACAGCACCAGCCAUUUCUCCUGGUUGGGAAGCUAACUCCUAUGCCGAGGGCUGGGACUGAAGGCUACCUUCAGACCACAAGUCAUAGCCUUCCUGCUCUGUAAUCCCCUCUGUUUUAUAAAUGACCUGGGGGUGGAUUUGGGACUGGGGACGGUCAGCACGGCAGGACUGAUGGUUUGAGAGCCCAUGGGGUGCUGCGGGUCCCUUUCCAGCAGCUGUGCCGGUGUCCUUCCCUCCCUGACGCCAAAAAGUGGCUCCGUUCCUCCUUCAUUUUUGGGCUCGAUUGGAUUUUCCCCCCUGGUGCAGAUGUGGCAGAAGUGAUGUCGCUUGCACGGCGCGUUUGGGAGGGAGUUGGAGUUGGGGCCCUGCUUCCCCCACCUCCCUGCUGCCAUCUCAGCGCCUCGAGGACCUGAACCCUUCUGCGACAGCAGUAAUAAGCCUUUUCUUUCUCCCAGAGGAUUCCUACCAGCUCUUUUGUAACUUGAAAAAAUGUAAUUUUCCGAGUACCCUGCCCUUUGUGGGAAUGCUGCUGCCAUCCCAGCGCGGCUGCCGACAGCACGAGUGCUCCACUGGGGGGAGAAGCCGGGGAGCGUUUGCCGUGCGGAGCCGAAGGAAGAGGCAGGGAGCUGUGUUCUUAGGGCCUAGGAGAAAAACCCCACUGCCCUUCAUUAUUUCUUGUAAUUAGUUUUGAUGCCUGGCUUGUGAUUGUUUUUGAAUUGUUGAGAUCAGCAAAGUGACCCGAUGAGUUUUGCUGCGGCUGCAAGGCUGCUGGGGGCAGGACACCUGGGUGGUGUCACGGGGAACAAGUGGUUCUGGUCUGUUUGGUCAGUCUUGGUGCUGGAAACCCGUUGGGGUUUGAACAUCUCCUUUUGGGAGCGAACCUCAGCGGUUUCCCUCCUGGGGCAUGCGUGGUGCUGAGGCCAGCCCUGGUCUGCAUUCGGAAAGCCCAAAACCUCGCUGCUGCCGACACCCCGGUGUCAGCCCCGUGGCUGCGGGCAGCGGGGCUCUGAGGAUGGCGUUAAGGGGGGGUGGGACAGGCAAGGGGUGGCCUGGCAGGGACCUGCAGCAGGGCCCCGCUGUGGAUGCCCUGAUGGAGCCUCUGGACGAGCCGUCUGUCUCCCUCCACCUCCAUUAGCCGUGCACCCGCCUGCUCUCCCCAUUUUUUUCCCACUAAACCAGAGGGUGCGAGGUCCUCGCUUGGUCCUGUCGCUGUCUCCUGCUCUUAGGGCACCGUAAUGCAGCCGGGGGGGUUAAUCUGGGAGGGGUGGUGAAUGGAGGAACCCGAUCACCCUGCUGGUGCUUAGGGACAGAUUUUGGGUUGGCUCCCAGGGCUGACAUGGGGCACAUUGUCAGCCCUGGGGUAAUUUUGGGCUCACGCUGCGUCUGCACCGUGCCAGGCACCGUCACACCGGGUGGGCAUGGGUCAGCAGCCAUAGGGCACCGCCACCCCUUGGUGUCUCACCUGGCUUCAGCAGCACUCGGCAUCUCUUCCCCCUUUUGGACUUGAGAAGCAGCCCAGAUUUUCCCCAGAUGCCCAGGAUUGCCUGCAGUCAUAGCAUUGCCCCAAAUUUCCAGCAAGUAGAGGGGCUCCUGGUGCAGCAUCUGCCCUGUGUCACCCAGGGUCUGUCCCCAGCUGCUUCAGGUGACCCAGCGGGACAGCCCCAGGGGCGCACAGACCUUGGGGACUUUGAAACCCCUUGUUUAGGUACCGCUGUCUCUGUGAGUGAGAUCCCACUGCUGGCCCCUGACACCCACCAGAGGCUGGGCUGGGGACGCGGGCACCCUCAGUACCCCAACCUCCCACAGCCCCUCUCGGGACCCUUUCCUUUGGGGGAGUACAAAAAAAAAAAAUGCAUUUUUAUUUCCCCCCCCCCCCCCUUUAACUACCAGACUGAUGUGAACCAAGGCAGGGGCUCCCCCUGAGCCGUGGGGGGGCUGCUGGCACUGUGGGGCUGUGGGGAUACGAGGUGCAGGUGGCCCCGGUGCGUUGAUGCCUUCGUGCCCGCCGCUGCCCGAGGGGCCCGGUCCUCCUCCAGCACGGUGCCCUGGGUGCAAUGCGUGGAGCUGAGAAGUGGAUGCUUUGCUUUCCCAGCGAGUGCACACGCUUCUUUUCUUUGCUGGUCUUAUGCUGAAAAGCUGAGAUUUAUGUACUGUAUGGGGAAAAAAACAACAAAAACACACAAAACACACAGAAAAAAAAAAAAAAAAAAAAAAAAACUAAUGUUCCAAAACAAAUGACAGUAUAUUUUGUACUUUGUAAAGUGUUAAUUAAAAUGAAAAAGAAAAAAAAAAAAUGAAACAUACGCUGUCUGCUUUUGUACUGAUCAAACUGAUGAAAAUAAAGCAGAGCUUGGCAUUGUCUUUAUAA